AUGGAAAUUGAAGGGCAUGAGACCGAAGCCAUGCCAACGGCUACCAAAUAUGACCCGACGGAAUGUGGAAGAACCGAAGGGUCCCAUAUUACUCAAAUUAACGUGACUGUACAAGGAAGAGGAAGACCUCCAACAGUGCCCGAGGGUGCCAGCGUUGAAAAACCGAAGUCUAUCCUAAAAAACACGACUGGAACCUCGACUACAAGUGCUGAGGCUUCCCGCAAGCGGACCGUGAGGUUUGGCGGGUCCGACACGUUUGAAGCUGCACCGUACUUCAGCACACCAGAGAGCAAUAGUGAGGAAGGCUCUGUUGAUUCUCGGGGGGGCGGUGACAACAUAGGCGCGGCCGCUGCACCAAGGGCUGGAAAGGAGCGCCACGAUGACGACGACGAUCAACUUGAGACAGGUAGCAACACGAGCGAGCCAACAAGUCCGCGACUCGGAGCGAUAGGUUGGGUGCCAUUAGCAGUACAGCGCCCCCCAGCUGGUGAGCAUCGGAAGGGCAAACAAGGGAAUAAACCCACAGAAGGCAAACGAAACGAAAUGGCUUCCUGGGAAAUGCCUUCGACGCAUCAGGGUGGAAAAGGGAAAGGUGAGGGCUCACUUCUUGACGUGAGCGUCAGUGAAUCGACGCUGUCGCCUGGUAGUGAGAAGUCUCUGAUUGCAGCCGCAGAUGACGAAAAUAACAUAGAAAAGCACCGAAAAGACGUUAAAGCAGUUGACUUGGUGGCAAAAUCCAGAACGAGUGGGAAGCCACCCAGAGGGGAAGUGCUCACCGUUACCGGUCUUUCACUAGAUAAAAUACCCAUACAAGAGAGUCGUGGUACUGAUUAUAAGGAAAACUCAACGGACGAUCUUCCGAGGUUGUUCUACCCCACACCGAGACCUCAGAAGGACUUCAACAACGCGGAGGAAGAAAAACCCCCGCUGCGGCACCGUGACUCGCACACCGACGGGGACGACGGAGAUAAGCCUGGUACCGUGUCUGCUGAACUCUUAGACCACUUGCAGCGAAAGUCCGGGGUCGGCGAUCUGCUAAAUCCUGAAGGUGGCGUUGACCCGCAGCACUUGAUGUUUGAUGAUAACCUCGCUCCCCCUGCGCGGAGGAAAGGAAGUGUUGCCUCGCAUACAAAUCACGACGACUACGACCGUCUUAUUCAUCCCUCUAUCCGGUUGUUCCCAGACCUUCCGCCGCCUAUCGCAGCAAGUGACUCUGAGCCAUCGGUGAUUGUAGAAGUGAUGGCCAUAGAACAAGCAAAUGCUGACAAUGCGGAAGUAGGAAUAUCAAGAAGCGGCAACCAUCAGCAAGCCGGUUGGAUGUCCUCUUCGGUCAAAGCCACAUUCGAAGGGCCCAACACAAUUUCACCCAUAGGAACGGGGUACGUGUUCAAUUCAUCUGGGGCUGGAGUUGAUACCUGCGUCAGCAACACAGAGAAUGGUUGGAGUGCCGUUUUAAAUGCUACACCUCUCAAGAUAGGCGGCGGCUCAAAGAAUGUGGUCCACCGUAAAAAUAGCAAUACGGGGUUUGAUUUGAAAUCAGACUUCCUCAUGUCAAGUGUGCAAACAGAGUCGGAAACAAUACGCGGUGAACACCGCCCAAAUGUAGCAAAGCCGGUGGAUGUGCAGACUGUCAGUUGUGCUACGGAAAUGUGGCGGGAAGUUCUUAACAAUGAUGAGGAGUACACGAUGCAAUCCAGCAAGGCAGGCAGGUACCUCCCAGGGGACUUCUUCGAGGGUGUGCAAGCAAGCAUGGGCAACGACGCUACAAACAAAGGCAUACGAAAGGGGAGCGCAUCCAAAUCCGCAUCGUUACUUCCAAUCAGGGGAAUGGAAAUCGUUCGACCAACCAAACCGCAAGGGGAAAGCACUCGCAAAACCAGUGUCUACCGCAAGAGCCGCUCGGUAGAGCGUCGUAAAACGGAAAAAGAGCAGCCGAAGGUACUGGCGGUGGAGGUGGUGGCGGGGGCCGAGUCACGCAGCGCCCUGGAUGAAUCUACCAACCCCAGGGAACCGCAAGCAGCGGCGCGGGCCACGACGUCCAGCAAAGAGAGGUCCCUUUGUGUGGUGCAACCAUGUGGGGGAAAGGUAAGUGCAAGUGAACUAAGUGCACUGGCUUCCACGCAGCUGAUGUCCAAGGACACCUCGUUGAGCGAAGACUGCGCGAGCAGGUUGCGGAAGAAGUGGGGAGUAACGCCGAAGAAGGCAGAAAAAGAGGAUGAUGAAGAAGAGAGGAUACGUCGGGCAGAACGUUUUGAGAGGAUCAACCUCGCGUUGCUAAAGCUAGAAGUCUGCAGAAAGAACAAUCAUUCAUCUCAUGACACAAGGGGGUGGGCGUCACCAACAAGCGACUUGGACUCACGGUACGAAACCAAACCCUGGACUCAGGCAUAUUCCCCCUCUGGUGCCACCACCGACACCCUUGACAACGGUUACACUUCAUCGAUUGAUCCCCCACGCUCAAAGUAUUGGGACAGGGAAAUGGCCGGAGGCACUUCUAAGAGGCAUAACUCAAGACCGAGAUCACUGUUUCCGCCGCCGCACUCACCCGUCAAAACCUCAGCUGAUCCACCGGUGGACGGCCUCAUUUACACACCAGCGAAAACUGCAUCGGCACGCAGCGCUUCCUGGAUGUUUGAAAGGAGUCCUGAUGAGGAUAGGUACAACUCGUACUUCAUGGACGCAAACUCACGGCUGCAGGAACUCCGUGUAUGUGAUUCAAUGGCGGCGAAAAACUUUGCACGUGAUCUCUCGUCGCUAGCAUCCGCUGUACGGGGCAGUGAACUAUUUAGCAUGAUAUCGUGA